UGCAGUGGAAGGGUAAGAUGGAUUUUUUUUACUGUACUUGAAAAAGUAAAUUAGAAGUGAGGAAGGAGUUAAUAGUUGCAAAAUACACGGUCAUUUCCUGAGCCCUGUGGUUGGAUGGUACAAACUUUCAACUAUUUCUAAUUCUUCUCUGUCACUUAAGAGGCUUUCAAGGUGCACUGUACAUCCCAGACCAGCAUUCAAAAGGAGCUUGAAAGUGGAGCUUUCCUCCAAAAAAUGUCUUUGUAGAAAUGGGAGCAUUUGGCCCUUGACUGCUGCCUCAAAAAUUCCUGGAUGAAAUGACCUCAUUUUACAACUUUUACUCAGAGGAAAUCUGAUCUGCUGCAGCACAGAAACAUCAGCAGUGACCACGGCGAGACAAAUUCCUUGGGGAGCUGCCUUAACAUCUGCCUUGUGCAUGUGGUAUAGUCCUCAGUCUCCUAAGUGUAAAUAUUGCAGAACACUUUGACACAAAACAUCAAUCAACAGUCCAUUCAGAGGAACACCAUUACCUGUCUCCUUGAUCAGCUCUCACCUACUUGCUGCUGGAGGACACAUGCUGACUGAGAGGUUUUUAAGCCAAGUGUCCAUGAUAUGAUCCAGCUGGCUUGUAGGAAUCAACAACCCCCUUGUGAAUAAUGGGUAAAAACGGAUCCCACCUGGAUGCUGAAACACUGGCAAUGCUCCAGAAUAAAGCUAUCUCCAUCACCCUCCCAGUUGUGUAUACACUGGUGGCUAUGAUCAGUAUCCCUGGCAACUUGUUCUCCCUUUGGGUGCUCUGCUGGCACAUCAAGCCCAAAACACCUUCUGUUAUCUUCAUGAUCAACCUAAGCAUCACGGAUCUCAUGCUGGCCAGCUGCUUUCCCUUCCAGAUUUCUUAUCACAUCCAAAGCAAUCACUGGAGCUUUGGCAAGACUCUUUGCAGCCUUGUGACUGUGAUGUUCUACUCCAACAUGUAUUCUUCCAUACUGACCAUGACCUGUAUCAGCAUUGAGCGGUACAUGGGUGUGGUACAUCCCAUGAAAUUGAUCAAGUGGAGAAGAAAAAGGUAUGCCCUGGCUGCCUGCCUAGGUAUGUGGAUUUUCUUGCUACUAGCCUUCUACCCGCUAGAAAGCACAGAUCUGACCUACGAAGUGAAAGAAUUGGGGAUUAUAACCUGUUUUGACGUCCUCAAAUGGGAAAUGCUGCCCAACUUCGCAGCCUGGGUAGCCUUUCUCCUCACGCUAUUUGUUGUGCUCUUCCUGAUCCCUUUUGUUUUAACAGUUGGAUGCUAUAUUGGCACCAUUCGGAAGCUUAUUCAGACAUCAAACAGAUAUGGUAACAGGCAGAAGACUAGAUCCAUAUACCUGGCGAUGAUAGUCCUUCUGGUGUUCAUCACUUGCUUUGCUCCCAAUAACUUUAUCCUACUUGUGCAUAUGAUCAUCCGCCUAUUUUACGGCAGGAGUUUGUACCCUGCCUACAAGCUCACCUUGUGCCUCAGUUGCCUCAACAACUGCAUAGAUCCCUUCAUUUAUUAUUUUGCAUCCAAAGAAUUUUACCAGAAAUUCAUGCAAGUGUUUCGCCCUAAGGUGCUGCUCAGUGACAGUUUGGAAACCAGAAGGGAAAGUUUAUUCUCUGGCAGGACCAUGUCAGCCAGGUCGAUGUCAAGUGGACCGAUGGAUGGGUUAGAGGGAGUAAAGGUCUAUUUGCAACGGCAGGAAAGUGUUUUUUAGCCUUUGAUAUCCCCAGAAGAAAGGCACCUCUGAGAUCUGUGAGUCGACACAGAAAAAAAUUAUUUUUGAAUGGCUUCCCUCAAAAUACAUUGCUCCAGUGACAGAACUUGAGCCAUACUUAUAUUGUGCAUCCUGCUUCAGUAUUUUCUGGUAAGAAAUGGAAGUAUUAAAAGAACCGAGUUUACUCAAGACGGCACUGAAGCAAACCCAACACUGAGAAUCAGGGGAUGGCCUGAAAUUAGUCCUACUGUGUAAAACCAAGGGAUAAAUUUUAAACAAAAAUUACUUUCCAGUUGUAUGAUCUCUGUGUUUAACCAAAGGCUUGUGAUUCUCAGUGAAUGUGAAAUAUUACUGUAGGUGAAUUAGACCGUACACUGAAAUUUGAUGUGGGGUAGGGGAGUUAUUUUUCUAAGCAAUGUGCUGGGGUUUGUGUUUGCGGGUUUUUUUUAAUGUAUUGCUUUCUCUCUUGUAUUUCUAUAAAAGAAUGAGUAAAAAUAGCUUGUCCAUUUACCAUUAAUGCAUAAAGCGUAGCCACUGUGAAUUCACCACAACACUUACCCAACUGUUUAUCAGAACCAAACCACACUAACCUUUGAAAAGGUUAGGUUGACUCAUAUUAUUUAUUUCAAUUUUAUACAGCAAAAUAUUUCAUACAAUGAAAGGAAAGAUGGAACUAACAAUGUUUGAGGCUACUUCAGCUGCUGAGUGGAUUAUGUUUUCAUUUCUUGAAGUUAUUAAUUUCUCAGGAAAGGGGGGGAGCGGUUGAUUUAAGGAAACAGGUUUUCUCAUAUUGACCUACUACAGUAACAAUGCUGCUGCUUGUACAUGGUUGGUAUCAACAAGCUAUUUCCACCAAUUCACUAUGGGCUAUACGCAGAAGCACCAUCCCUCUUAGAAGAUUAUUUAACUUUAUAUAGUGCAUGGACAGUGAGUUUAUCUUCCUUACAGUGAUGGUGUGGAUUAUUAAUGAGAUUUUCAGCUGGAUAGAUAAGAAUUCAGCCACAGCCUGGAGUGCUUCUGUGCCAGCAGAAACCAGCUGAAAACACGUCCCUAUGGCCAGAUGUCAGAAACGUAACUUUUUUUCAAGAGGCAAACAGAAAGAAGAAGAAAAUAAUGAAAGCAAAGCUUGAGAAUGGAAGAUGUACCAAAUACCUUGGAAACAGGCUAUGGCAGGUUGAAUGGGCAGUCCUGUGUUUGGGACUCAUGUCUGAAAUCUCCUUCUCCAGCUUGUUUGUGUAUACUGGGGUCACAUUUUAAUUCUUCUCAGAUCUCAACAACUGCUUGCAUGCUUGGAAAGACAACUGCUACAGAAUAUGUGUUGGGGACAGACAAAGGCAAAGUUUUUCCUGUAGUUUUUAUAGCUUUUUACCUACCUUUGGCCCUCAUUGACAGCGAAGAGCCGAAACCCACCUGGCAGUGCCAGACAAGUUUCCCCUCACAAGCAAGACAAAGCUAUAGGGGAUGCUUUUGCUGCGCUGCAACUCCAUCCAGCUCUGAGUAGGAGGCUGUCUUCAGUGCUGUGGAUAGCUGGUUCCGAUGCCACAUGCUAGAUUUAUACUGAUUUCUGAGCUCCUGUGCCUAAGGAAAAGGCAACAUCUGGGGCCCUUAAAAUCUGCCUUUUUUUUCCCCUGUGUAUGACAUGAUUAAACCACAAUUUUCCACCACUAAUAACCACAAAUUUCUUCACAACAGAGGCUGGAUAACCACAAAAUCAGCUGUGAGAUAUCCCUAUGUCUUAUCUUCUGCUAAUGUAUCGUCAGUUAUUGGAGCAGGAUAAACAUCAGUGGACCUGGUACUACCUUUCAAAAGACAUCUGAAGUGUCUUGUGGCAUUUCACAGUGUUAGUGUUAAUUGAUCUGCACAUUUCUUGCCCACAAGGCCAACCUCAGUGACAGAUAUAUAACUGGUCCAAACCUUCCCAGCAAUUUGCCUGGAAGCUUCCCAGCACUACCAGUCUGUGUGCUGGGUGUAUAAGGACAGUGAGAUGGGCCUCCUACUUUAAAUUGCCUCAUGUGUGCUGGAAGAGAGAAGCCCACUGAAUACAUUCCUGUAUGACUCCGAGGCUCUGAGCUCCUGCGUGAGCUCUAGCACAUGCUCCAAAAUGCCUGCUUGUGCCAGGACCUCCAAAGAAAGAGCAAUGGCUCUUCCUAAACUGUCCCACAUCUGUCAGGCAGCAAUUUGGUUACUUAUGUUUUGCAAACUUGUGUAUUAAUUUAGCAGUGCAUGGUUUCACCUUGCUGUUCAAGUCCCUUCACCAUCCACUUUCGCAGAAUGCCAGCCAGCUUUCUCACUGUCAAAACUGCUAGCAGCAUCUUGCUGGGGCAGAAAUUUUUUCAGAGGUUAUACUGUAAUCCCUUUCCUUUUAGUAUUUUUUUUAAAACAUGCAAAUAUUUUUAUAAUGAAGACCAUUACUUCUCCCAGUUCUAAUGCAGAUUUUCACUCUGCUUUAUCUUGAACAUGAUCUUCAAGCACUUAGUGCCUCCAAAAAGGUGGUUGCAAUAUGUCUGAACUGUAACUGACACCAAAGAGAGUCAAAAGGGCAGAAACCUUGCACUUUGGACAUCAACUGUUCUGUUUUGAAAAAUACUGAAUUCCUCCUUUUGCAAGAGAGAAAAGAUGCUCACAACUGACUGAAAAUGUUCUUCUCUCCCACCUCACACAGCUCUUCAUAGCCCUCCAUCCCUCUUCUGACAUUGUCGAAAGAGGAACAGGAAGGAUACCUCAUUCAGGUACCUCUUCAUGCCAUUUUACUCACUAGCCUCUAGUUAGCUCAGAUUAGGCAAAAUUCCCAUUUGGGUCAGUGGGAUUUUUCCCUGAGAAAGGAAUAUAAAAAUGAACCCAAACCCAGCAUUCUUUGGAGUGCAAUGGUGUAUACUGUUACGUUUUGGAGGUUUAUUUUAGAGAGGAGGAGAAUAAAUUAUUUUUAAAAGUGGUCCAACAUACUGUUCUUUGACACUGGAAAUGUGUCCUUCUGGGGCAUGAUAAGGUAGCAAGACUUCUACCCUCCUUGGUCAGUGGGUGUAAGUUGACAUACAUGUAUAUAUGUAUAAAUAUAUACACAUAAAUAUAGAUUGCCAUUUGAAAGAUUUCUGAGUUCAUAUCUAUAUUGCCUUUGGUUCAGGAAAUAUGGGCUCUGGGCAACAUGCUUACUUGAUGGCCUCUGUUAAUUCAAUUUUACUGAGAAGACAUGAAUGUAUAGGCUUCUUUUUGGUUUGGGGCUUUGGGCUUUUUUGUGUUUUGUGGGAGUUUUUUAAUUAUUUUUUAGCAAUUUAAUCUAUAAAUGUGCUUGGACUUCCUUGUAUAUAUAAUAAUAAUUAAAAAAACAUUAAAAGGA